CUUCAGUUCUCCUGCUUUUGCUGCUGUGCUCCUUUGCCGGGGCCAAACGAGCCAUGCCAGACUGUUGCCGACAAAAAAGCUGUUCAUGCCGCAUCUUUGAUCUCCUCCAUGGGAUGGGCAACCAUGCCGCCGGCAUCCUGACCAUCGGCAAGCGUAGCAGUGCCAUGACCACCAAGGGCUUCCAGAACCGCCUCUACCGCCUUUUGCAUGGCUCAGAAAACCAGGCUGCUGGGAUUCUCACAAUGGGCAAGAGAGCGACUGGGCUCCCCUUGCCCCUCAGCAAGAAUGCACCCAGCACCUCCCAGAUGAUGCCCACCCGAUACGUUGCAGAGCCUGACCCCGUCAUGGGCUGCCUGAUUCCCCAGAAGACCAGUGCCGUAAAUCCCAUUUACUAAGAAAUCACAAAUAAGGAAAUCCUUUUCAAGAGUUUGCACAAGUCCUUCCUGCUUUCUCUCAUCACUG